UAGGCCGGCUGGUGGGGAGUGGCAGUGGGACUAGAGGGGCCCCGCAUUCAGUCGCAAACAAGCCGCGCAAGCGAAGGUAACGAACGGUCGUCCAUCAUCAGUUUGGUGUGCGUUUGAACAUGAACUAGAACCGAAACCAGCAGCAACAUGUACAAGUUACUGGGCGGUCUCGCCAACUACCUGAAAUAUCAGGACAUUGUGACCGAUUGCGCGAUUUUCCGCAUGCACAAUCUCUUCACCACCGCCCUCCUGAUGGGCUGCAGCAUAAUCGUCACCGCUACUCAGUAUGUCGGGAAUCCGAUCCAGUGCAUUGUGGAUGGACUGCCCACACAUGUGGUCAACACGUAUUGCUGGAUCUCAUCCACUUUCACCAUGCCGGACGCGUUCAGGCGACAGGUGGGCACUGAAGUGGCCCAUCCAGGAUUGGCCAACGAUUUCAACGACCAGGACGCACAGAAGUUCUACACUUACUACCAAUGGGUGUGUUUCGUGCUGUUUUUCCAGGCGAUCGCCUGCUACACCCCCAAGGUGAUCUGGGGCUCUUUCGAGAACGGCCUGAUGAGGAUGCUGGUGAUGGGACUGAAUGUCGGAGUGUGCUCGGAGCGCACGAAAAACAUCAAGAAGGAGAUAAUUCUCGAGUACUUGGCGCAGCACGUUAAGAGGCACAACCUGUACGCGCUGAGGUACUGGGGCUGUGAGUGCCUCUGCCUGAUCAACAUCAUCGUCCAGAUGUGGUGCAUGAACCGGUUUUUCGACGGCGAGUUUCUCAGCUACGGUCUCCGAGUGAUGAACUACUCCGAACAGGUGCAAGAGGACCGAAUCGACCCGAUGGUUUACGUAUUUCCACGAGUGACCAAAUGCAUCUUCCACAAGUACGGCCCGUCUGGAAGCAUCCAGAAGCAUGACAGCAUGUGCAUUCUGCCCUUGAACAUCGUGAACGAGAAAACGUACAUCUUCAUCUGGUUCUGGUUCGUCAUCUUGCUGAGUAUGCUCACGCUCCUCGUCAUCUACCGGGUGCUCAUCAUCGCCAUGCCGAAGAUCCGGCCACGUAUUCUACACGCCAAACAUCGCAGCAUCCCAAUUGAGACUUGCGAGGCGCUUUGCCGGAAAGUGGACCUCGGCGAUUGGUGGAUUUUGAUGAUGCUUGGCACGAAUCUGGACCCGCUCAUCUACCGCGACGUGGUUGCCGAAUUGGUAAAGAAAAUCGACUCAAGCCACACCAAUCAGUAUCGGUAGGCGCAAUUGGAGGCAUGAUAUAUCCAGGUGGCUCGGCCUUACUUGCCCUUAUAAGGUUCGAAUGUAACUAUUAGGAUUAAGUUAGGAUCGAGGCCCAUCGCGUUUUAAUGGGCCUUGAACGACAAACAUUCCCGAUCGUUUGACUGCACGCAUGUGAUCCCUUCCAGGGCGGUUCGCCUUUUUUGACGUAUUUUUCUAGAAUUCUAUUUUAUGGUGACGACCGGAAAUUUUAUAAUAAACGUCUGUUCGAUUAA